AUGACAUGUUCCUUUAAACAAUGCAAUGCUUUCAAGACAAGGGCCAUUCAGGUGAAGGAAUGUCGGGAGGGAGCUGUUCCUGGUGUCAAGAUGACUCUGAACCCUGAAAAGCCAAGACGGGGUUGCUUUGAGAUCCGGGAGGAAGGUGGCGAAACGUUCAUCACUCUUUUGGAGAUGAAACGUCCAUUUGCUCCAGUGAAGGCUCUUGAUAUGGAAGAAGUCAUUGAGGACAUCAUAAACACCAUUAAAUGAGAGAUAGCUGCAAGCUGAAAAUAGAGCUCUUCUUGUGCCGAAUAUGUCAUUUGUUUCUACCUUGGAGCAUUGUCAGAUUUGUUAGAUUCACUUUUAUUGGUUCGGUAUCAGCUCUGCAAGUGCAGUCUCCUCGUUUUGCAAUGCAUGAUUGGCUUGGUUGAUUUGUUUAGUUUGCGAGAUUAAUUCGUUUGUGAGGCUAGUUCGAUUUAUCUCGUUGCUUCAACCAAACCAAUGCUGAAGCGUUUUCUGUUGUUGUGAUCAGGCCUUGUUUUGCUAUAUUCUUUGCAUUGGUUAAACUAUGUUACAACACAGUUAGAUCUGUGUUACAAAAUUCAACUUUUGCAUGCGUUUAUGUUACACUUCAAACGGUGGUAUCUUUCUA